GGGGAGAGGAAGAGUGGUAGGGGGAGGGAGAGAGAGAGGAAGAGUUUCCAAACUUGUCUCCAGUGACAGGAGACAUUUACGCUCCACAAGAUAAAACUGCCACUUAGAGCCCAGGAGAGCUAAACCUUCCUGGCUUGGCCUAAGGGCUCGAGCGGAGUCAUGGGCUCUCUGGGCCUGACACUGUGCGCUCUUUUCUGCCUGGCAGCUCACUUGGUUUCUGGGAGCCCCAUCAUGAGCCUAGAGCAGUCUCCUCUGGAAGAAGAUAUGCCCCUUUUUGAUGAUGUUUUCUCAGAGCAAGAUGGUGUCGACUUUAACACACUGCUCCAGAGCAUGAAGGAUGAGUUUCUCAAGACACUAAACCUCUCUGACAUCCCCACGCAGGAUUCAGCCAAGGUGGACCCACCAGAGUACAUGUUGGAACUCUACAACAAAUUUGCAACAGAUCGGACCUCCAUGCCCUCUGCCAACAUCAUUAGGAGUUUCAAGAAUGAAGAUCUGUUUUCCCAGCCAGUCAGUUUUAACGGACUCCGAAAAUACCCCCUCCUCUUCAAUGUGUCCAUUCCUCACCAUGAAGAGGUCAUCAUGGCUGAACUUAGGCUGUACACACUGGUGCAAAGGGAUCGUAUGAUAUACGAUGGAGUAGACCGGAAAAUUACCAUUUUUGAAGUGCUGGAGAGCAAAGGGGAUAAUGAGGGAGAAAGAAACAUGCUGGUCUUGGUGUCAGGGGAGAUCUAUGGAACCAACAGUGAGUGGGAGACUUUUGAUGUCACAGAUGCCAUCAGACAUUGGCAAAAGUCAGGCUCAUCCACCCACCAGCUGGAGGUUCACAUUGAGAGCAAACACGAUGAAGCUGAGGAUGCCAGCAGUGGACGACUGGAAAUAGACACCAGUGCCCAGAAUAAGCAUAACCCUUUGCUCAUAGUGUUUUCUGAUGACCAAAGCAGUGACAAGGAGAGGAAGGAGGAACUAAAUGAAAUGAUUUCCCAUGAGCAACUUCCAGAGCUAGACAACUUGGGCCUGGAUGGCUUUUCCGGUGGACCUGGGGAAGAGGCUUUGUUGCAGAUGAGAUCAAACAUCAUCUAUGACUCCACUGCCCGAAUCAGAAGGAACGCCAAAGGAAACUACUGUAAGAGGACCCCGCUCUACAUCGACUUCAAGGAGAUUGGGUGGGACUCCUGGAUCAUUGCUCCGCCUGGAUACGAAGCCUAUGAAUGUCGUGGUGUUUGUAACUAUCCCCUGGCAGAACAUCUCACACCCACAAAGCAUGCAAUUAUCCAGGCCUUGGUCCACCUCAAGAAUUCCCAGAAAGCUUCCAAAGCCUGCUGUGUGCCCACAAAGCUAGAGCCCAUCUCCAUCCUCUAUUUAGACAAAGGCGUUGUCACCUACAAGUUUAAAUACGAAGGCAUGGCCGUCUCCGAAUGUGGCUGUAGAUAGAAGAAGAGUCCUGUGGCUUAUUUAAUAACUGUAAAUGUGUAUAUUUGGUGUUCCUAUUUAAUGAGAUUAUUUAAUAAGGGUGUACAGUAAUAGAGGCUUGCUGCCUUCAGGAAAUGGACAGGUCGGUUUGUUGUAGGAAAUGCAUAUUUU